GACACACUGAGGACUCACUGCACACACCUCUCACACUCAGCACACUGAGAAAGACAUGAUCAGGUUACUCUUGCUGCUCGUCUUAGCGCUGUGGCCAACCACCUGUGAAGGCGCUGCAGUGCAGGAGGUGAGAGGCAAAGUGGGAGGGGCUGUGCAGCUGACCUGCAGGUAUGACCACUUGCUCCCAGUCAAAGGUGUUUACUUUCAGAAGAAGAAUCUCUCCGGAUUGUAUGAGCUCCUAGUUAACGGCUUUUACACCAAUUCGGUGAAAGAUUACCUACACGAUGAGUACAAACACAGAACCAGAGUCAACAGGACAGAGCGCAGCCUGGACUUCUGGAACCUAAAGGCAUCUGAUGAGGGACACUACAAGUGUUUCUUGAUGCCCCAAGACACCCUCAAAGACUAUGACACCAUAUUUCAUCUCACAAUUACAGCUGACUACAGCAUUCCCACAGUAACCGUGCAGGAGUGUAGUGACCAUGGUGAAGGUGCGCUGAGCUGUGAGCUGUGCUGCUCGUCGUUUGGGGGAUACCCGCUGGCCAACCUGAGCUGGACAGUUUUGGAGGAUAGUAAUGAUGUCCUCCUGCAGGAAGUGGGCAGUGUGAGCACAGCUGACAAACACUCCGGUGUCUGGAACGUCUCCCAAAUUGUCAGACUGACCUGCUUUCUGACCCUAAAACACGAAUACGCCCUGGCCACGUAUCUCCUCACUGUCCGAGAUACGAAGCAGAGACAGAUCCUCACCAAAUACAGACUGAGUGACCACAGCCUGGCCGUCGAGAGAGGCCGCUUUAAACACUCCUGGAUCCCGAGAGAGGACAGAGUGUGUGGUCACUGCAAGACAGGUGAGGUUGAGACAGAGGUGCACUUCCUUCUACACUGCCCCAAAUAUGAACAUAUAAGAAAUAAAUACUUCAGUCAGUUUGAAGAAGAAGAGAGCGGCUUCAGAGCGCUGACCGACAGCCAGAAACUGACCGUUACACUCGGAGAGGGUCCAUCAGCCCCCACUGCAGCCAGAUACGUACACGAGUGUCACACACUCCGGGACAGUGAGUGA